AUGGAUGAUGCGGUUCAGAUGCUGGUGGACUUAUUGAUGGUCUCUGCAGAGGCUGCCAGGGCUGAGACAGGGCAGUGUCGUGGACCGUACAUACGCCUGCAAUGGAGUGCAACCAAUGUUCAUGUUGUGUAUUUGGAGGCCCUUCGUGACCUCAGUCAGACCGGGAGGUACGCCUGGGGAGUAGCUGCGCUGGUGCAUAUGUAUGACCAGCUAAACGAUGCCUCUAUCAGCAGCAGCAGACAACUUGGCGAUUACAUCACGCUGCUGCAGUGUUGGAUAUACAAGCACUUUCCCUCAUUUACGGAGUCCACUGCUGAUCAGGACUACAACGAGGAUUCACUACGUGCCUGUAGGUGGAUUGCGACGAAGAAGACCGGGAAGAGCAUACAUACACCGACGUACAAGGAGCGCUUGGACCGACUCCAGAUUUCGGAUGUCUGUUGGAUCCCAUAUGGGGAGCACCGACCGGUCCGGGACUUCCAUUUGAUUUCAUGUUAUUCGGAUCUCUUGCGUUGGGGGCCCGUUGUUGUGUAUUACCGACCAGAGAGGGUCAUGCGGCAAUUUGGAUACACCCAGACCAUUUCUACUCUGCCUGUCGAUUCAUGGGUGUCGUAUGAUGAUAUACACGAGAGGUGGAUACACUACUCGGAUCAUAUGGUUCCAGCAGAUGAGGUGUGCGUUGUGUCAGGUCAGUGUGCCAGUGACUACAUGGAUUGGUUCUUCCUCAUCUCGCAUCCUUUCAUGACACCAGGCUAG